AUGACUGUUAAAACUCGUGAGAAAGUCGAUGAUACAGUUUGUCUUCUAAUCGAUGAAACAACUGUGAAGACAUUACAGAGGCGUAAGACAAAGACCACGGGAAAAUGGGCAGCCGAGAUACGCGACCCUAACAAAGGGGCCCGUGUUUGGUUGGGCACAUUUGAAACAGCCGAGGCUGCAGCCGCGGCUUAUGAUCAAGCCGCACGUAAGUUCAAAGGGGCAAAGGCCAAACUCAACUUCCCAGAGCGUGUUCAAGGCCGCUCUGAGCUUCGUUACAUAUCAACAACCACCACAACACAACCGCCCGCUGCCACCUCAUCACGGCCUCCAAAUCCUACAUCACAUCAAUCCAUAGCCACAAAUUAUCCAGACUUCCUUCAGUAG